AUGUUCUCCAAGAGGCGAGGGCCGCCCAAGCGGUCCAGCGACCACGCCGCCUCCCCCAAUGCUGUGCCGUCGCCCGUCUCUGCCUCUUCCACCACCGCCCACGACCCGCCGCUGGUCAGUCCGCUGCAGAUGGCCUUCGACUUCGAGUCCUUCGACGUGCCGCCACCCCUCAGCGCCAGCACCACCGAUGCUCCGCCCUCCCCCUUCUCCCCCGCCAGCGCCGAAUCGCCUGCGCGGCCGCGGACGAGUCAUGGAUUGCCGGGUAGCAGCAGUAAUGGCAUUGGGGGAAAGAAUGGCAGUGGGCGGGGGAAUAACGGAUUGCAGCCGCCCAGUCUGCCUCCAAUCCCGCAGGUGGCUAGUCGGAACAACAGCACACGCAGUUCGAAUUCGAACGAGUCGAGGGAGCAAGAACACGCAAGUCAUUGGGCCAAGGCGCGGGCCAGAGACGAGGCGGACAAUGCGUCGGUGGUGAGCAAGAAGAGCGCUCUCAAGGCGCGGCUCAGCUUCGAGCAUCCUAUCGAUAUGCUGCCCCCGCUAUCGCGACCAUCCACCCCGGGAGGCUCCAAGAUACCAGAGAGACCGCAGACCGCAGCUGGGUCGAGCAAUGCCAGUACUCCUCGGAUGGAGUCCUCGCUGUUUCCCACGAGGAACGAUGUGCCCAUAUUACCUCAGCCUCCGAAUCAACCAGCUAUGAGCAGAUCAUUCAUCGACAGCAGAGAUAAGCCGUACAGCCAGCCGCGGCCGCGACCGUUCAUGAUGCAAGGGAACCACAGCUCUCCCAGUCUCCUACAACCUCAGGCGGCGUCCGCUAAUGGACGACAGCCCACCCCCAUCUACGGCUCAUCCAAGAACUUUAUCAGCCCGAAGCCAAGCAUCCAGAACAUGUCACAGCGAACGAACCUCAGCGGCUCUACGGCUCGUCCAAGUACUCAGGCCUCAUCGCUAACCGCAAACUCCAAUUCACCCACCGUCACCAUUGGCACUCCAUAUCAGGCGACCGCCAACACCUUUCCCUUGCCGCAGCAUGUCAUGACGAGACCCAAGACGCCAGGAGCCACUGCGACUGUGGCUGGAGUGUCUGUUCCCACUCACCACACUUCUUCCAAGUCCAUCGCACAUCCGCCCGAGCAGAAAGAGCCGAAGAAGAAAGGGCGACUACUGAAUCCACUAUCGCUACUGCAAAGACGGCGGAGCAACCAGGAUCCAGAUGUGGUCACCGAAGAAAGAUCGCAGCGCCAGGCACAGGCCCAGGCGCUUGCGAGACAGCGAGAUGUCGCACAAUCAGGUAUCUACAAGCCGCCGCCCGACUUCGAUCCUCGAAUCAAGGGGAAAUUGGUUCACGACUUCAGCGCUCCUCGAAGCAGCAAACGCAACACAUUCGACGAGUUGAGCAUGUCAGACGAUAUGCAGAGUCCAGAGCAACCACUUCCAUCACCAGGAUACCCACCACGCAACGCUUCACUGGUCAAUCGAGGCCCGCUGAGUGACCGGAGUGAGCGACGAAGUACACACACGCCCGUGUUUAUGGAACAUCUUGGCGAGAACCCUGAAGCAUCACGACGUAUUAGCUCCCUGCAGGCGGAGAAUCUCGAGAACAAGGACUUCUUGCAGAGAGCGUCAAAGCACUCCUCGAUUACGAGCUAUUCUCAAGAAAGUGCCAUUCUGCCGCCUUUCGCAAGAAGAAGUCAAGUCUUGGAUGCGACACAGGCGAGCUUCUACAAAGAUGACGAAUCGAAACGAUCGAGCGACCCGUCGAGUGAGAAAGAGCGCGAUUCGACGCUGAGUUCUAUCAGCGAAGUCAGCCCGAUCACGGCGAGGAGCAGCGCCCACAACGUUGAUGUACGGCAAAGUCUUAGCCCAGUCUCGCCAUCGAGCCCAAGUAAAGGCUAUCGACCCGUUUCGGACGUCCAGGGCCCCUCAUCCGUGCGCCCUGUCUCGGAAGCCAGUAGCAAGAGUGACUCGCAGGAUAGUGGGAAGAGGCCGGUGUCACAACUAACAAAAACAUCUUCUCAAGAGAGGCGCUCCAAGGGAGCGAGUGAAGUCACUGCACGGCCGUAUUCUGUUGUUCUGGCUCCUCCAGUGAUCAAUACCAUCGCCGAAGGCUCUGUCGAGAGCUCACCGAUCGAUGGUGCCUCCACUCAUUCUCCACAGAUCUUGACACGAGGAAUCUCCAUUCGACAUUCGGCCAAUUCGGGUCCUGAGCCGGAUGCGUUGCAGCCCCCAGGCGCACAUACUCCUGGCAAAGCCGACGAUUCAUCGGCCUCGCCAUCCUUGCUGGAAAGAACAGCAGGCAUUCCCACCCCAGAGAAGACCCCCGAGCCAGAGUUGGUGGAGUCGAUCCAGUUCAAGCCGAAUAAGGAUUCGCCAAAAUUGGUCGAAAAGCGCACGUCUGCGGUCGGCCAUUCGAGGAAAAGUUCCAACGUACCAAAACAUCACGCUAGCAAUGCUUCCAGGUUUUCUUUCCAGCCGGGAAGCGAGAGCGCGUUGCAAGAGCAAGCACUUGAAGAAAAGCAUCGUGCGCUGCGGAAGAGUCAAAUGACUGAAAUGAUUCCCCGAGGUCCUACGCCAGACGAUGAAGACGACGACGAUGAUUUUGACGCUGAUGCUAUGGAUGACAUGGAUGAAAUGGAGAUGGAGGCUGAAAAAUUUGGAGAGCCUGUCAAACCGAUGGAACCCAUGCCACCUUCCCAGAGCGGACUCUACUUGCAGCAGGCUCGUCAAGCUCUCCAACAAGACUCGUAUAGUGAUGAUGAAUCCGUGUACGACGACGACAUUCCUGAAGUGACCAACGAAGAGGACGUACCUUAUCCGGAUCACCCAGCCUUUCGUACACACUCGGCCCUGGGCAGCUACUCCCAACGUAACUCUUAUCAAAUGGGUACGCCGGAUGGAUAUUGGCGAGGGAGCACCAUCGAUCACUACAUGCGUGACUCGUACUUUAUGCCUACCCAUUCGCGAAUGCAUAGCCAGAACUCCGACGCAACCGGAGACACCUCGUCCACACCGCGAUCAAAUUUUUAUCUGCAACCGAGCACUGCUGUGGACACUCCAACCGCUUCACCACAUUCCGAGAAACGGUUGGUCCCACCUCGAGACAGUGGGAACAGCGAGCAGAACAGAGUCGCCAGUGGCAUGACAGUCAUUCAACCCGGCAGUGCGUCCAGCUCGGAAGAGAGCCUCUUGCUCAACCAGGGCAUAGAGAAUCCUGACAGAGAGCAUGUCAUCAGCGGUAUGAGCUAUUCAACCGUGAAUACAGAUGAUGCUCAGUCGCCUCAGAAAAAUAUCGCUACUAAUCCGCUGUACAGGCAGUCACAGGCUGCGAAGUCUUCAACUCAUGUCGAGGAUAGUCCUCCGUUCCGAAAUAGGGACAGCGGAGUCAGCGAGAGCACUCGCGUUCCUAGUGCGAUGAGUCUCUCUACCUCAGAUACGACCGAUCAGCGACAGCGAAGGUCGUCCCCGGACGUGGAGAAAGACCGUGGGCGGACAGAGACCUUGGACGAAGACGAAGAUGCCAUCAGCCUGGCUUCUCCAGCUAAACACGAAGCUACGAAGCCAGCCGGGAGUACCGAUGACGAUGACCCAGACGUUCUAAGUCUUGCUUCGCCAAACAGGAGCACGUACAGUCCGCUCGGCGUUGAGAGAACCUUGUCUCAUGAUGAGAUAAGUCUAGCAUCGCCUCCGAGAAAUGUGUUGGGGCAUGGCCAUAGUGACUCGAUCGACGCUAUCAGCUUGGCCUCUCCGACCAAAAACCUGGGCCAGCAAGAUUACGAGCGCAACAACUCUGCUGCAGGGAUCAGUCUAGCCUCACCGACACAUGAGCUUGAGCAAGACGAAGAACACCCGCGGAAGCAGUCCAAAGCCAGCAUAUACAGUGAUGGCAGAAGGAAUGGUUCUGUGGGAGCACUGAGCCUCGGAUCACCGCCACAAAGCAGAUUCGGACACAGAUCUACGGAAAGUGGGAUGAGUUUCGAAGACUUUGCACAGAGUGGAUUAAGCAGCCCGUCCGCUCCUGAACACAGAGCUUUGAGACCCGUAACGCCGCCUGCGACCAGCCAUGGAGAUCCAAACGCCACGCUCAGCCCGUCAAGUAAAGCUAGCAGCCCCCGGACGGUAUCCACCGGUCUUGGUCUCAGCAUGUUCGCCGGCUUCGAUUUCGACGAACAGCCGCCCUUGCCGACGACUCAGAUCACGUCCAGUGAAGAUUUGGCCAAAGAUUCAGCUCGUCCUGUUGCAGGCAUCGCGCAAACCCCUGCCAGUCCACAGCAAAGCCAAUCAUCCAACCCGCGUGCACUUGGCAGCCCUAGCAGUACUGCCAGCAGUCCGCGAACAGUGUCCACCGCCAUGGGGAUGAGUAUGUUUGGGGGUUUUGAGUUUGAAGAUCGAGCAGGCCCUCUGCCAGAUCUACCGAGCAAGUCCAAGCACAACAAAACAGCAAGCGCGGCAAGUGGCAUCAGCCCAAGGAAUUCUGCAUUCGCACAUGCCAAAUCUGCAAGUGUGCAGCAGCAGGCUACAACGACACAGCCUGAUCAUCAAAGGUUCCUCAGUCUAUCAACUGCAGGUCAAAACGAUCGCACUGUCUCUACUGCUCUUGGGAUGAGCUCUUUCGGCGGCUUUGACUUUGACGAUGGACCCUCCAGCCUUUACAGCAGCCAGCGUGACACUUCCUCUACUCAGCAGAGUACCUUUGGGAAAGCCCUUCACAAGCCCAACGAAAGCCAAUCCGCGCCUCGUGGAGAUUGGAGCGACCUCCAGAAACACACCUCGCCCACUCUUGGGUCGCCAAGUCGUGUUACCGUGCCUACAUAUCAUGUCUCGGGUGAAAGUCAAGACACGAACCUACCACAAGAUCAGGACAGCGGGCCAGCUUCUGCAAGGACUUCGAUGAACCCGAACUUCCAGUAUGCCAGGCCAAGUAUUGCAUAUGCCGAGGAUGAUGACAUGUACUUUGAUGAUGGAAACUUUGAGCACGAUAUCAAUGGAUCUCACGGCGCCAGCUUCGACGAGAAUGUCUUCGACGACGAUGCCUUCGUGUCUCGCCCGGGCUUCGUCAACCGUUACCAACACCAGCGAGACAACAGUGGCAUGACAAUGACAAGCCUAGGGAGUGAUGGGCCAUAUCCGUCCUUUGCGAUGCCGAAUGCAGCCAGGGCGAGCGCGAGGUACUCGCAGAUGGGGCUUGAAGAUCUGCCCUUGCAUGAUCAAUUCGAUCCUCGAUUCAUACCCCAACGCAAUCCAUCUGAGGAUGCCAAGCGAUUAGGCAUGAGCGAUAGGGUGCCGCCUGUCCCUGUUCCGGAGUCGAACACGGAAGCCUUCUCACGAAUGCAACAAAGUCUGCACAGCUAUCACGCAGCAUUGGCCGAUGCAGCGACGAAAGCUGCAGCAGACGGACGAUUUGUGCGUGCCCCGAGCAUUAGCGUAUCGACUACCCAGAAUCUCGCGGUCGAGCCGAAGACACUGAUGUUGCCAGAUGAUCGGAGCAUCAAGGACGACAAAAGUGUGUACUCCAAUGGUGAAGAAGGCGGGGAAAUUGCUAUGCCUCAUAACGACGCCAACAGCGACAGCAACGGACAUCUGGGGCGCAGUGAUACUAACGUCUCUCACUUGACGCAUCUGACAAACUACAGCCCACCGAAGAUGAGCUUCGAUUUUGGCUUCGACCAGCCCGAGCAUGACGAUGACCUUUAUGAUGGGUUCGGCAACGACGACGAUCUUGUCGCUGCCGCUAACGCCGAAGCGCUGGCUCUGGAUGAAGACGGUUUUUAUGGACAAGAAUUCGAUUUCUACCGCAGGCCUCGCGCCAACUCAGGAGACCUGGAAUCUGUGAAUGGUGGAUACUUCGGUGAAGAUGGUGACGAUGGUCUGACGAGGAAUAAGAGCCUGAAGGAACCUAAUUUGACGCCCAUCACUGAACGAUCUGAGUUCAGUACCAGGAACAGCUUCAUUGGUUUUGGAGCCAAUGGACAGUUCGGCCCCGCCAGCGCUGGUCCCUACGGUCCUCACUCACCAGCUCUGGCGCGCAUGCCAGUCACGCCUCUAAUCGAAAGCGAAGUGACAUCCUUCGACGAACUGCGACGGCUCAAAGCGAACGCCUUUGCGGGGGGUGGUAGUCAAAGUGGCAGCCUGAAAAGCAACAGCAACCGCUCAAGCUCACAGUCUCUACAGAACACCUUCAGCCCAGCCCAAGGCACUCGACCAGGACAAGGAUACUUCGGCGGCGUGCCCAUGCAAUUCGCAUACAGCAACGACUCGAGCGGCUCAUCCAACCCCAACAGCGGCCACCCCAUCACGAUCGGCGGCCAACACGGCUUCAACUUCCAAGACUCGCCACAAUCCGCAGGUUCGAGCCAAGGCAUGCCCUUCUCCGUGGACCCGGAUGCGACACCGAAGAGGAACAAUCAUUCGCAGCAACAACAACAGGAUCCUCCCACAGCGCGCAAAGUCCCUCCCACACAAAGGGACUCGAAUGCGAGUGUGAUGCAAGGCCAUUCGAGGAAGGGCAGCGGUGCGGAUUCCGUGACGUAUGUGAGAGAGCCGAAUCCGGAGGGGAGUGGGAAGCCGAGAUGGGUGUUGGAGAGGAGGCGGACGAGCGAGCAGGGGCAAUUGGAGUUAAUUGGACGGGAGCUUGUACAGAGUGGGUGGAUAUAA